CCGUGCGGAAUAAAGCAAAACUCCAGUCGUUUUGAAUGCCUACAGCGAAGACACGGAGAAAACUUCAUCUGGGAAGUUGCUAUCAUGGAUCAGCAAACAUUACUUGCGCUUAUUUGAAGAGAGUUGACACUUCGGAUGUAUUUCGGUACCAGCGGUUAUAUAAAUGCACUGACGAAGAAAAGGGAGCUUUAAGUGUAGCACGUUAAGCGACAGAGGAAUUAGUAAUUUGUGGGGCUAAUAGUGUGGCGACAGCCCAGAGAAGGUUCGCUUCUGAGACGUUAACCCUUCUUACGGAUUCCCAUCAAGGGAAAACAACAUCAACUUCGACCCUCGGUGGAGUGUUUGGAAGAAGGGUCUCUUCGGUCCUCUUCGCCCUUGGCUUUCUGCUGCUAAAGUUGCCCGGCGGUAAGGUGCAGCCACGCCGGGGGAAGGCACGGAGCGACGGCCGCUACUCUCCGGCUAGCUCGGCUGCUGCUUCUGUUUCUAGGACCGAGGCCUUGUCGGUUAGGCGACAAUGCUUGACAUAAUGUCUGAACACCAAGAUUCACUGUUGACGUGCAAAACGGAACCUCUGCCCCCAGAGAGGAAAAAGAGGACUGUCGAGGACUUCAACAAGUUCUGCAGCUUUGUCCUAGCUUAUGCUGGCUACAUCCCCAGUCCAAAGGAGGAAAGUUCAUGGUCCCCCACAUCAUCCAGCUCUGCACACAGUUCAGGGCUGUCAGCAGAUGGAGGCAGCAGCUCCAUAGGCAACACCUGGGCAGAUGGAAGCUCCGACAUCCACACCAUCCAUACAUUCGUCCGUAAAGCUCGCGCAAAUAAGGGUAAAAAUAUCCGUCGCAUGCACUCUGAUAGCACACUGCUGGACAAGAUGCGCCUAAAAGACUCCCUGUAUGAGAGCCAGGCCACCUCAAAGGCGGAGCGCAAGAAGGACAAAAAACUGAAAAAGCUGUCGCUGGGUUCAGCCAUGACAGCAGCAGACAGUGGCAGCAGCGAAGGCGAGAAAAGAGCCCGCAUCAAACGCAGCAAAAACUCAAAACAGCCCAAACCUAAGAAGCUCAAGAGUUCGACUGCUCAAAGCGAGACAGACUCUGAGGCGCGGAACACGCACGGUGAGGUACGAGCUGACGGGGAGGACCUGGCAGUGCACGGGGGCUCCACUUCGAGCAUACAGAGCUUGGGAAAGAUGCAACCGGACGAAUCAAUCAGGGAAGCGGAAAUGAGCUCCAGCGAGGGUGAGACUUGGAUCGCCGACGAAGACAUUAUGGUGGAGUCAGGCGACGAUUCAUGGGACUUGAUCACCUGUUACUGCGGGAAGCCGUUCGCGGGCCGGCCGAUGAUCGAGUGCAACCAGUGCGGCAUUUGGGUGCAUUUGUCAUGUGCAAAGAUCAAGAAGUCCAAUGUUCCCGACAUCUUUUACUGCCACAAGUGCAGGGACCAGCGACGGUCAGGACACAAAAAAGACACUUAGAGACAAGGGCGAUGAUGAUGAUGAUGAUGAUGAGCACUCACCUUGUUUUUGCUGUCCUCUUCUUGACACUUACUUUCUUUGAUGCCUACAGCCAAAACAGCCUAAAUUAUCACCUGGAUGGCAACUGUAUUGUCAGUUUGUAGGAUUUCUUUUGACAAUCACAACCAUUCUUAUUUAUCCCUUUAUAUAUAUAUUUUUUAAUUUCUUAUUUUUUUCCCCCCCUUUUUUUGUCGACUGUGAAGAAAUGGACAGAAGGCAACAGUGACGGUUGAGAAUCUUUUUUUUUUUUUUUUUUCCCGGGUCACUAAACAAUUGCUACAUUAAUUGGCUUUGUUGUUAUUUACUAUGCUGGUGCAUACAUUUUCACACUUGGUCUCAUAUUCACUGAAAGUGCAUUUUUGACUUGUAAAUUAUUUCUCCGACGAUAUCGACAAAUCAGCGAUCCCUCGCGUCUCUGAAGGAUUCUCAGUUUGACAGUCGCUUCUUUCUAACUAAAUCAAUGCAAGAUUUACAUCGACAACAACAACAGUACCGCUUCUAUAUUGUGUAGCUUGAACGUCACUCCUGUUAUUCGUUUAGUCAUAACGCUUAGUCGGGCAGCUCAUUUCUGUUUAGCGACUUAUUUUUCUUUGGGGUUGUCAGUGGCGAUCACUGAACUUUAAAUAAGUAGAGCUCUCACUCCUUUUGAAAUAAGAGAUUUUUAAAAAAAUUUAUAGGAUCAGCUAUGAUGUAUUAGUUUGAAUCUACAUUCAAGUUGCACACACACAACAGUAUGUUUCUAAAAAUAUAAACCCCAGUACAGCUUCCACUGCAUACAUGGGUGGAAUAGGACAAUAUAAGCUACAGCUGAUUCAGUCUCUUACCUGGCUGUGUACAUUCAUGAUUGAGCGCUUAAUGUUUCUCACUGUCUGGUUUGUUAAUCAAUCCUUGGUAGCCAUUUACCAUGAACAACAUUUACAUUAAAAGCUGUUAAUUUUUUUUAUGUUUUUUGUGUGUGUGUGUGUGUGUGUUACCGAGACAUCGAGGCGGAGGGGGAGGUAACGUUGCUGUACGAUGAGUGGUUACAAUGAUUAACAAAAAAAAGUGGCUCCGAGGCCCGUUUAUGAAUGGUUGUAAAAUAUUUGUUUUUCUAUUUCAUGUAAUAUGUUUUAUUUCUUAGCUUUUCUGAGAAGCGGGAUUAGAGAUGCGCCCGCGUCAGAGAAAGGACAUAAAGAUUGUCUCACAUCGAGAACAAAGUUGUAGUGUACAGAAGAAGAAGAAAAAAAAAGAGGUCGAGGCUGCAUAGGUUUGUGGCAUUUGUUUAUUUUUUUUUUUGUUUUACCAUGUGCUUUUUUUCUUUCGUCGGUGGGUGAGUCUUGGUAAGUCUCCGGUAGCAGUUGCACUCUCUGUACAACUUCGAUUCUGUGUACAUAUCCUGUUCUUUGACAACUGUACAUAUGUGAAAGUGAAGAGAGAGAAUACCCAAGCAAAUUCUAUAUUUUCUGCAGUCUGAUAUUGUUUUGUUUAAUUGUAGCUUGACAAAUAAAAGUCUUUGGGAACAAAAAA